CACAGAACUUUGAGCUUGAAACGCAAUGCAAUCAAGUCACAGGCAAAAACCCUAACAGGAGCCCUGUCCAUUCAAACCGUUCAUUCCGCUUUUAUGUUAAAAGCCAUAAGUGCUUCCAGGAAAGUGGCGAUUUGAAACGGAAUGAAGGGAAGCAGUUAGGGAACUUGGAAGCUUUUAAAGCCGGAGGAAAACUGGGGAGCUGCUCGGGCGAGCUGGCGCCCCCCUCCCCCCCCCCACCCCAGUGCACCACGGGCGCUUUGCGUUUUAAGCGACUGCACUCUUCAGCGCGGUUUGGAGGUUCCAGAUGGGCCCUGGGGGUGUCUUCUGUUUUCCUGUGAUGUCGUCACUGUGAGUGGAAGGAGGUGGUGGAAAUAAGGCAUUGCCGGAAGCAACAGUUUGGCAGCCUGGGGUCCACUCGGGUUCUUAGUUACCACUAUUCCUAUUUGGAUGUCUUCUUAAAAUGAUUGUUAUUUAACCCAGGCCAGCCCACUUCUUACUGUCACCCAUGGAAGGGCUCUUAGCAACCGACUCAGACUUCUGGGACCUAUAAUUCUUUGGCAUGAUUCUUCGGAAAGUUCUUGAGCGGGAUGGAGCAAUCUUCACUUAAGCUGUGGAAAAAGGAGGCGGAUUUGUGUUCUUCAUGCUGACAAGGGAUAGCUGCUAUGACUUUUCCGGCAACGUGGACAGGGGCCAAGGGCAGCUGAACUGGUCAUGGUCUGUCGUCCAGGGUUCCUUUGUCGUCGGCGAUUUUGCCCCCGGCCCUUCUUGGUGGGCUUGGUGGUGGCCAUCUGUCUCUUCUACCAGAGCCUGACACUCCGAGGGACGAGGAAGCUGGCAGCCACUGUGCCCGGGGCUGCCCCCCACACACCCUCUGAAACCCAGGCGAGCAGAUGCAAGAGAAGACUCUCUGUGGACGAACGGUGCUUCUUUCUCCCUGGCAAUGCCCCGGAAAUCAGAAAGAUGGAAGAAUCCAUGGAGACCCACUUUGGCAGCCAUGGCAGAAGGGCCAUACUCUACAGGCCUCCCUCCUACAGCACAGUGGAGCUCCGGGUCCACCAGCACAUUCUCGCUCAGCUCGGUUACACAGUGGUCAUCACUGAAGAGAGGUCCGGUCCUGACCUUGGGCUGGAGCUCCUAGGAAAAGGUGAUUUGGGCUCUUGGGAUCUGCUCAUUUGCCUGUCUUCUAGGAAAGCUGCUGGAAAUCCCUGCAUAUCCAAGGAAGAUGUGUGCCAGUUAAGUUUACAUCAAAAGGUAAACAUAUUACCAGAAAUACAGCAUCAGCUUUGCAGAAAGGAAGGCUUAUGUCAAAUAAUUCAAAGAUUUCCAGAACUGCAACUUCCGGUGAGCCCCUCUGUGUGUUUGGACCAGAGCACACAAUUCAAGCUGAGCUCGUGGAGUCACCUUUUAAAAACCGUGAAGCCGCCUAUGUGGAAACCAUGGGCCUGGAGACGUGAACAGCUGGAUCAAACAACAGUCCUCGCUCCACAUGAGACCAUAUUUAGAACCGAAGAUCUAUCUGUGAUUCUUAAAGCAUAUGUGUUGGUGACAUCCUUAACCCCUUUGCGUGCGUUCAUUCAUUCGACUGGCAUGGUUUGGAAUCCACCUAAGAGAAAACGCUUCACUGUCAAGCUGCAAACCUUUUUUGAGACAUUCCUGAGGGCCAGUUCGCCUCUCCAGGCUUUGGAUAACAUGAAGGAAGCAAUCAGCAAACUCCUGCUGGCAGCCGAAGCUUUUAGCCAAACGUCUCCUCUGGGACCGAAGGCCUUCCACAGAUGCAGCUUAUGUUUUCAACUUUUAACUUUUGACAUUGGUUAUGGGAGUUUCACAACCCCUAUGGUGCUCCAGGUGCAUGGGAAUUUACAUUUUCAAGAUGACGAUAAUAUGGAUUUUGAGGACCAAAACACAGAAGAAUUUCUUUUAAAAGACACUUUCAAUUUUCUCUUCUUGAAUGACUCUUCACUUUCCAUAUUCUCUGAGAUAUUUCAGAGACUCUACAGAUCAGCCGUAUCCAAGGGUGAAAACUACAAAAAGGAACUGAAUCGAUGCCUAUCUUUAGAGGAGAUUAAUUCAAUUAUGACUUUCAUAAAGGAACUUGGGAGCUUGGGGCAAUUCCAACUGCUCUUUCCAUCAACUUCUCCCGGGAUUCAGUCUUGGAUGCGUGAAUUUUAUGACACUGCAAAUCCUAUGGGAAAAGCUCGUUCAGUCCUGACCCAACACUCCUCUCUUUUAAAUGUUUUUGAGCAAUUUCAGCUCCUGAAUAAAAAGGCACAGUUACAUCCAUUGGAAUGUCAAGACCUGUAUGUUCUCAUCCUGGACCUCGCUAUUGGCGUUUCUGUUUACUUUGUUGUGGUUCAACAAAUUAUGAAUGCAACCAUAGAAGUGCAUUGCAGCAAUGAUGAAGACAUACAAUGUCAUAUCAAGCAGAUCUUCACACAGCCACAUUUGGAACUAAGUCCGGAAUUUAACCCGAAGAUCAAAGAUUAUUACUCUGAAGUCCCUUUUGAUGUGGUAACCGUGACAAUUGGAGUGGAGACUUCUAACUGUCAGUGCAAGGUGUACCUGCAUGAACGGGCAGGGCCAAGCUUUGCCAACUACCCACUGGGCUUAGGAACAAACAGAAUCUCAAUGCUUGUGGUGGAUGAAUCUCCGGCACAGGGUGAGACCCUGAUCACGUACAAACUCACCAUCUAUCGAGAAGACCGUCCAAGUCUGCCCUUGUUUGAGGACUUUAUGGCAUGCGGUUUUGUGCAGGAUUGUGGUUUGCUGAUUCACCCGGAGGAAGCCUGUGGGUUACAGCCUAUUUCUUCUGACUACAUUGAAGCCAUUUCACAGCCCAAACUAAAAACUUGUCCAUCUGGGGACACAAAAGGCCAAUGGAUCAUGCCUUGCCUUAGUUGUUCAGACAACCGGACCUGUGACUGGAGAGAAAUAACGUGGCAGCCCCACAACUGCCAGUAUGGUGUGCUCACUAAGCCUCAGCUGCAGCAGUGCCUGGGAGCAAGGAAGAUUCUUUUCAUUGGCGAUUCAACCAACAGAGGGAUGAUGUACUAUCUGAUUGAAAGACUGAACGAAACCUUGCAGGAAUGGCAGAAGGUGCAUGGCACUAAGUUCUACCACAAUGUCAAUGGUGGGAAGACUUUGAUCAGUUAUUCCUACUAUCCUCAGUUCUGGAUAAGCCCUUCAUUGAGACCAACGUUUGAAAAGGCCCUUGAGCAUCUCUUGCAAAGAUCACGUCCUCUGGAGAAUUCGGGCCAGACUGUAUUGGUCGUUGGUGGUGUUCAGUGGCUUAAUUCCAAUCAUCUGCAAAUUAUUCACAAGGUUCUAAAGAGGGAAAAUUUACUCAAUAUCCUUGUGAUCAUCAAAACUUUGGGAAUCGGAUUUCAUCUGCCAGUGGAUGGAGUGCAUUUCUUAACACAGAGGGAAGUUCAGAACUUAUGGAAAGAAAAUGUGAUUAUUCUGGACACUGCAAAGAAGUAUGGCUACGAAGUGGUGGACACCUUCACUAUAACCAUGGGGCGCUACAAAGAGUUUUUCCAGGGAGCCUGUGGCUGCCAUUUCCAUGAGGUAGUGAAGUCCAAGUUAUCCAAAGAAAAUCACUUGAUUAAAAUAAAACGAUCAAGAAAUCAUACUGUGGGAAAAUAUUUCAGCAACCAGAGCAAACUACAGCAGCAGCAAGACUCCCUAAUAAACGUUCAAUCGCCGUAUCACGUCCGAGGUCCGAUUAAUCAGGUUUGCUCUGAAAUCCUUCUCAGCAGGAUGUGCGCGGAGAAAGGAGCUGCGUAGACUCCCUGAUGGGGACUGAAUUUGCAACUGAAGACAAACCACUAACCUGGAUGAUCGUCUAAGACCCACAACCUGUGCAUCGUGUGUAUUUUAGACUGACUACCUGCCUUCAUGCACACCAGCACACAGUUACACACCAAUGCACACGUAGCUUUUUUUAAAAAAAAGUAAUAACACUUUGUUCCUACCACUUUAUAAAGUCAAGAUGUGCACUUAAAAAUCAGCUGGUUUUCCAUGUGAAAGACAGAGCCAGGAAAAGGUUACUCAACAUACAAUAUGGACAAGAACCACUGUGGGCUAGGGAUUGCAUUGUGAUAAUAAAAAGAAAUGCAGGCACUUAAAUUAUGGGAGAAAGGCUAAUGCGUUGAGCGUUGUGUUAUAUUCUCUAUUGGCCUGUGAAUAUGGAGAAGGGUAAAAAGGCAAUUACAUUCCACUUGCAAGUAGGGACUGCGCUUGCGUCCUUCACCAGGAGAAAACGCGGCGUUAAUGUGGCUUCGGCUUUGUGAAUCUAAUGCUUACGAAAAACAGUUUUCCUAUGCUUUUUAAGGUUUAUAACUGAAAGGAAAAGAAUAGGAAUGUUCCACAAGGGAAUUCAAAUGGAUUCUAUGAGAUGAGAAGUGUAACAUUUGACCGUUAAAACACCAGUAUGUUUGACUUUGCACUCUUUGUAAUUUUCAGAAACAUUCCCUCCUCUCCUGCCCCUGAACUUGGAUGGGUAACUGCAGACUAAGUUGAUUAAAUGUGUGAUUUUUAAGUGCGAAACAAAAUAUAGUUCCCCAUGUAUUACUUUGUUUCAUUGACAGUAUUACUUCAGAAAGCUUUGGUUUGCCAAUAGAGCCCUGUGUAAUGUAAGGUUACAAUUACAUUUUAUGUAAAUAUUUUGCAAAGGAUUAGGCAUUCUCAAGUGCAUAGGCAUUUAUUUCCAUAAAGCACUUGUACAUGUCCACGAAUACUCCUAUGUUACUAGUAACUAUAUUUUUAUUUUCCUGAACAACUGUAUCUAAUUCAAAUUUAGAGUAGGCAUAAAUUAAAUUAUUUUUUAUUAAAACUGUGGCAUACAUAUAAAACACACCUAAUUCUAGUAUUUAGAACUUUUUCUUCUAUAUUUUCAUUUCAAAAUAGUAAAUUUCUUUAUUUUACAAAUGCUUUGUUGUGAGAUAACAUCUCACAGUAACAAUGGUUUUUAAAGAAUUAAUUUCCUUUUGGGGGGCGGGGGGGAGAAAGAGCUGAGAAGGUUAAUUCAACACAUGGCUGAAAUUACCAAGUGUACAAAUACCUCAAUUUUACUACCUUACGAAACAUAAAACUAUUUUGAUCAAUGAGUUCCUUAGUAUGAAUAUCCACCUCCUUUAAAUACUCUAUUUUUAUAUAUAUUUUUAUAUGAAAGUAAACAUGACUUUAUAUUUAACUGCCUUAAAUUAUAUUUAAGCACAAAUAUCACUUGAUAUAAGCAAUACAUAUCUGCAUCUGAUAGAUGAUAGAUUUUUAAAAAGAAUGGUACAGAAUUCACUUUAAAGUGAACGUUUUUUUUUCUAAUAUCUGCAGCUAUACACAUGCACCAUUUUUAGGUUUUUCCAUCAUUUUUUAAUGAAAUAAGAUGUUGCCAAUUCAUGCAGCCUCUCUCUCAAGUUUUAACAUAUUACAUUCUCUGUAACAGGAUAUAGCCAGUGCCUGAUUCUUGCAAUUUACUGUCAACAUAAUUGCAAUAACUGUCUACCUGAGGUUUGUCUGGCAUUUAGCUCUUCACCAUUGAAAUAAUAAUGGAUUUAAGACACAAUUGUAAUAACGUUAUUAAUAAAUGUCUUAGU